AUGGAAAAAUCGGCAUCGAUUUUCGAAAAAGAUUUAAAUCUGAAGGCAACUGAGCUGAGGUUAGGAUUGCCUGGAAGAGAAGAUGAUGAAGCUGAGCAGCAACCUUUUUCUUAUCUAAAGAACAUUAACAAGAGGCCUUCAUCACAAAUGGAUCAUAGUACAAGAAAAGAAGAUCAUGGGAAGAAGAAAGAAUUUGUUGCCCCACCUCCAAAGGCACAAAUGGUUGGCUGGCCACCAGUUAGAUCUUACAGGAAAAAUGUGAUGAAAAAAACCGAACCCGGAACCGAUGGGUCGGGUAUGUUUGUGAAGGUGAGCAUGGAUGGAGCUCCAUAUCUAAGAAAGAUUGAUCUCAAAUUCUACAAAAACUACUCUGAUCUUCUCAAGGCCUUAGAGAGCAUGUUCAACUGUGCCAUAGGGGUGUACUCAGAGAGAGAAGGGUACAAUGGAUCUGAAUUUGUACCAACUUAUGAAGACAAAGAUGGAGAUUGGAUGCUAGUUGGAGAUGUCCCAUGGGAUAUGUUCAUUAGUUCUUGCAAGAAGCUGAGGAUUAUGAAAGGCUCUGAAGCUAAAGGAUUAGGUUGCCUUUAG